AUGUCGUCAAUAACGAUAUUUUUGGUGUUAUUAGUAGUGAUGAGAAUUGCUGAUGCCUCCAUUUUACCCUUAAACAAACAUGAAUUUAAAACAGCUCACGGUAACGAGACUAUACCAGUGUACAUGAGGGAGCUCUACAUGUUGAGCCGAGAGACCGACGCCACUGAUAUUCCUUUUGACUCUGUACGGUGCUUCCUUGAGGAAGCUGUCGAAGAUCCGUCCCCGAAUUUUUACAAGUUUAAUACUUCUAGUAUACAAAAAUUGAAGACCAAGAUAAUAAAGAAGGCUUACCUCAAUUUGUAUAAAAGAAGUCCAUCAGCCCGUCUAUUACACUCAUCGGAUAUGUCUUUACCUUUGCAGAAAACUAGGAUCUACCAAGUUUUACCAAAUCGCAGUUUGGACGAGCCUCGUCUGCACGAUCAGUUGCACACGAUUGUCGUCAACGCUGAUGUUUCCGGUUGGCAGAUAUUAGAUGUAACUAGGGCUGUGCACUCCUGGGCAUCAUCAUCACCGAAUCUUGGACUGCUCGUAACAACUACAGUUGGUGACCAUCAAAUACAUAUCGAUUAUGUUCGUCGCAACCAGAAGCCAAGAGACAAGCAACCGAUCCUCAUAGUAAUCUAUGUUGAUAAUAAACCUGAGCCCAUACUACUUUACUCACUAGUGAGUCCGCACAUAAUUUACUUGAGUGCGAAGCAGCGCAAGAUAUCCCAUGCGCUCGAGGAAGUGAGAAAAACCAGGAAAAACAAAUCGAAGAUAGAUGCCGAGCAAUGCGAGAUGCACGAUUAUUUCUUGAAUUUCGAGGAGCAAGGGAAGGACUUCAUCGUCGCACCAGUGAGGUACAACGCCUAUCAAUGCCGAGGCAAGUGUGCAGGACACUGUCAGCUCCCGGCGCAAAAGUAUAGAACUAACUACGACAAGAUCAAUACAGCUGUUCAAUCAAAGCCUUGGCUUGGCGAUCAUAUCCCUCAGCGGAGUUCAAAAGAGGAGUGCUGUGUUCCCACGAGUAUAUCGGACAUGUGGAUUCUUCGCUGGACGAAAACCGAUGAGAUUGUGCUACAAUCGUUUCCAAACAUGAUAGUUACAAGUUGUGGUUGCAAACAAAGUGACGUUGACUUGUAA